AUGGAAUACCCCCAAGAAAGCUUCGUUGCUACCACCUUUGCCCCAAAAUCAUUCUGGGCCCGUCGUCGGGAAGUAGUUCGGACUCAGACACUGCGGCAUCAGCUGCAGAUGCUCAGAACUACUGGAAGAUACGAUGCUUUCAAAUUACAAUGGCACCCAAGCUACUCCGAUCCUCCCACAAUGUGGCCAGUCCCUAACCACCAAUUCUGGGAUUCUGAUAUCGGAAAGUGGAUUGAAAGUGCCUGUUAUUUGCUGAUGGAUCAUUAUGACGAGGACAUCGAUGACGCCGUCAGGGAGCUCGUGCAGAUGAUACAGACUGCUCAGCAUCCUGAUGGCUACCUCAAUAUUCACUACUCGGUUGUUGAGCCGGGCAAACGCUUUACGAACUUGAGAGAUAUGCAUGAAUUAUACAAUGCUGGCCAUCUGAUCGAAGGAGCACUUGCCCACCGUCUUUAUUAUAAGAACGAUGAUAUGCUAUCUCCCAUGCUGAAGUAUGUGGACCUUCUGGCGGAAACCUUUGGAGGCCAAGACGCUCAGAUUCCCGGGUACCCUGGCCAUCCAGAGAUAGAGCUGGCCCUUUUGCGUUUAUACAAGGUCACAAGCAAUGAAAAACACCUAAAGCUCGCCCAAUUCUUCAUUGAAGAAAGAGGCAAUCCCACAGGAGGGAGAGAGGGGCGGCAUUACUACGAUGUUGAGUCCGAAGCAAGAGGCGAGAAUAAGCGUACAUUGCCCGUGUACUUUCCUGCUGCUAGGAGUUAUUGGUACCAGCAGGCCCAUGUGCCGAUCGCCGAACAAGAAACUAUCGAAGGACACUCCGUUCGAGCUAUGUAUCUUCUCACGGCGGUUGCGGACUUGGUUCGGAUAUCUAAGCCUGACAGCCAAGUGGGGGCAACUUUCCUGCCUGUUGUCAACCGGCUCUGGUCAAACAUGGUAGAGAAAAGAUCAUAUGUCACAGGUGGGAUUGGUGCAAUUAAGCAGUGGGAAGGGUUUGGUAUCGACUACUUCCUGCCCCAGGGAACCGAUGAAGGAGGCUGCUAUUCAGAGACAUGUGCUGCAAUUGGUGUGAUGAUGCUGGCCGAACGACAGCUGCAGAUUGAGCUUGACAGCCAUUAUGCCGAUGUCAUGGAGCUUUGUCUUUACAACGCUGUAUUGACCGGGAUGAGUCUGGAUGGCAAGGCAUUCACAUAUGUGAAUCAACUGGCCUCCUCGGACAAAGAUCUCUCCGAGCGCCAUGAGUGGUUUGAAUGUGCUUGCUGCCCGCCUAAUGUCACACGCACGUUAGGCUAUCUGGGUGGAUAUGUCUGGAGUCACAGCACAAACGAGCAAAAGGCCGUUGUCAACGUGCAUCUUUACACUGCGGCCACUUUGCGUCUGCAGGUCUCGGAAUCGGUGAUUGAAAUCACUCAAAAGACAGACUGGCCUUGGAACGGGGAUGUCAACUUUACCAUCCGUACCGAAGGGCCUCCCGUUGAUCUUGAGCUGCGACUGAGGAUCCCCGGGUGGGCAGAGUCAUGGCAGGUGACUCCGCGUCCUGAACAGGAUAUUCGCAAAGGAUAUCUAUAUUUGAGCGCUGAAUGGCUGCAGCAGAACUCGCAAUUCCAACUUUCGUGUCCUAUGCAACCACGCGUGACCAAGCCACAUCCACUAACGAUGCAGCCUGUGGCAUACGUCACGCGCGGGCCAAUUGUGUACUGUGUGGAGGAUGCAGAUCACCCAUGGGAACAGAAUCAUUUCAAGGUAAAGCACAAACUUAUCACCCAUAUGAUGGAGUAA